AUGCACGAGUCUAACACAAAAGGCACGGUGCAAGGUGAAAUGGUGAACGACGGGACAAAGGACUACCAACCAUUGAGGUCGAGACAGUAUGACCUCAAGAAACCUCAUAUCACAGAGACCCCUAUCACCUGGUCAAAUUGCAUUAUCUACUACUUCAACACCGGGCUGGGUAUCACGGCUGGAUAUCACCGACUCUGGGCCCACACCUCGUACAAGGCCACAUUACCCCUGAAGCUUUACCUGGCUGCAGUCGGCGUCGGAGCAGCUGAAGGCUCGAUCAGGUGGUGGUCCAAGGGCCACCGCGCGCAUCACCGGUAUACAGAUACCGUCAAGGAUCCGUACUCUGUCCGGAAAGGCUUCCUGUACGCGCACAUCGGCUGGAUCGUCAUGAAGCAGAACCCGAAGCGUAUCGGACGCUCGGAUAUCACCGACCUGAACGAGGAUCCCAUUGUUGUUUGGCAGCAUGUCAACUACCUGAAAUGCGUCAUCUUCAUGGCCUUGAUCUUCCCCACUCUUGUCUGCGGCUUCGGUUGGGGCGAUUGGUUCGGCGGUUUCAUCUACGCUGGUGUCCUCCGUGCCACGUUCGUACAACAGGCGACAUUCUGCAUCAACUCCCUCGCCCACUGGCUCGGCGACCAGCCCUUCGACGACCGCAACUCCCCCCGCGACAACUGGAUCACGGCGCUGGUGACGCUGGGCGAGGGCUACCACAACUUCCACCACGAGUUCCCCUCGGACUACAGGAACGCCAUCGAGUGGUACCAGUACGACCCCACAAAGUGGAUGAUCUGGCUGUGGAAGAAGGUCGGCCUGGCCUACGACCUCAAGCAGUUCCGGGCCAACGAGAUCGAGAAGGGGAGGGUCCAGCAGCUGCAGAAGAAGCUCGACCAGAAGCGCGCCAAGCUGGACUGGGGCGUGCCCCUCGACCAGCUGCCCAUAAUCGAGUGGGACGACUUCGUUGCCCAGUCGAAGGGGGAGGGCGGCGCCGAGAAGAGGGCGCUCGUCACGAUCGCCGGCGUGGUCCACGACGUCACCGACUUUGUUCAGGAGCACCCCGGCGGCAAGGCGCUCAUCUCGUCAGCCAUCGGCAAGGACGCCACGGCGAUCUUCAACGGCGGGGUCUACCUCCACUCCAACGCGGCUCACAACCUCCUGAGUACGAUGCGCGUCGGCGUCAUCAGGGGCGGAGGGGAGGUGGAGAUGUGGAAGAGGGUGCAUGCCGAGGACAAGGACAAGCUCAUGGUCCGGGACCUGAAUGGGGAGCAGAUUAUUCGCGCCGGAGAUCAACCGACAAGAAUAGGCACUGGAACGCCUUGUGCUUCUGCUGCGUGA